AUGGGCUCUGCUCUAUCAAAGUUGCGCCGCACUUCAAAGAAAGGCUUGAGAAAGAAAAAGGGUUCUCCACCCCCACAAGAUGUGGUGCCGCAGGCAGAUCAGAUACCGGUGGCCUCGCGGGAGCCGGACAUACCGCCCGAUGAACGCAGCACCCUACGGUUCGUUCAGUCUGGCGAUGCUACCAGUCCUCAAACGAUCGAUCCCCCCGAGUUUCCAUCUCCCCCGGCCUUACCUACAUUCUCAUAUCCUAUAACGGACCCAGUAAGCGGCUAUGGCAACAACACUUUUAUCCAGAUGCACCUAAUGCCACCAACAAUAACCUUUACAGAACCACAAUUUGAGCCACCGCCUAGACCUUUAGCAGCACCGAUUUUAAUCACAUCAGCAGAGAGCGAAGCCCCACACCGACACGCAGGACUCUCUCCAGCAACACGUAACCACGCAUCUAAAAAUACGACAACGUCAGACGAUGUAAUCGCUGAUAACAUCAAGCGAUCUUGGUUAUGGGGCGAAGCUAUAGCGAUCUUGAAAAAAAAUCCCGAUGUGGAGUUAGACGAUGACGGAGACAAUACAGAGGCACCAGUUAGGAAUUUAAUCGACAAAGUGGAGGAUUUGCGGAAAGCCGUUGAUGAGAAAAGAUUUAGUUUUAAAAAUGCAAAGGGCGAUGAUGUGUUCAUUGCCGACAAGAUUUUUGGUCAGCUCAAGAAGUAUGCACCAAUAGGCGACAUCGCUUUGCAGCAUAAUCCAGAUGUGGUAGCAUUAGUUUGGGCUGGGUUUAGGUUUCUCUUGGAUGAAGGAGUUGCGUAUACCGAGGAUCUUGCAAGGAUCUUGAGUAGUCUGGGCUAUCUUUCGUGGGUCAUAUGCUGUGGGGCAAUUUAUGAGCAGUUAUACAUAGAUCUUGAACAAGGAUCAAUAACCGACAUCCAGGACUGCUUGAUCAAGCAAUACGUUUCGAUUUUGGAGUAUCUUUUGUGCGCAAAGAAGCAUCUAGAAAAGAACACGGGUGUGCAAAUCAUGCAAAGUCUCUCUUCAACACUUGCGGACUUAUUGCAAAAAAUACGUGAUUCGGAGGAAGAAACCAGAAAGCGGGCGGAAAUAAUUGAAAAAGAAGCCGCCACUAUGGAGCGAUUAAAACAGAAUAAAUCACGCGUAGAGCUUGAGCGGCAGCUAAAGGAUGUCAGGGGACAAUUGAGGAUGGUGGAGACGACCUUAAAUUCUUGCCAUGAAAGCAUUAAGCGGCUUCGCCAAUUUGUUGACAAGCAAAUCAUAACUACCACUUUAGACUGGGUGUCUACAACCCAGUUUGGGAAGAUUCACUCGGAGCAUUGUCACCGACGGGCGGCUGACACAUGUCAAUGGCUGACGGAAAACCCUAAGUUUGGUGACUGGAUUUCUUCCAAGUCUUCAUCCUCUGUCCUAUGGCUUAGAGGCGGUGCUGGUACUGGAAAAACAAUCCUUGCAUCCUUUGCAAUUGAGUUGCUGAAGAAGAAUACGCUCUCCACUGAUGCAUGCGUGGCAUACUUCUACUGUAGUAUACAUGAUGAGGAAAGAUCUAGCCCUAGUUCCAUCCUCCGAGCUCUUUUGAGACAGGUUUGUCUUGCAUACUCGCUUGAUGGACUACCACGCGCGCUGGUGGAACUAAAGGAGCAAAAGGAACGGGAGUCUACUGAUAUAUUAACUGUCAAGGAGAGUACGGAUCUUAUCAUUGAGCUCUCUCGACAGCUCAGUGGCGUGUGGGUGGUAAUCGAUGCCCUGGACGAAUGUCACCAAAGCACCCGGAAGGAUCUUUUUUAUGCCCUAGAAGCGAUUGAAAAGGGGGGGAGAGGAAUUCGAAUAUUUGUCACGGGCCGUAACGAAGGAGACAUCAUUGCUUACAUGAACGAUUAUGAGGACUAUCUCAUCGAGCCCCAAGAUAACCUCAAAGACAUUCAACGCUAUAUCAAAAGUGAACUUGAUGCGCUAUACAAGGAUCCUGCCAAGAAAAGCAUGGUGGACGAAAUGAAGAGCCGCGAAGGGGAGAUCCUGAAAGCGCUGCAGGAAAAUGUUGAUGGAAUGUUCCUUUCGAUUCAUCUUAGGAUGCAGGCAUUAGCCCGCGAGACAACAAUAGAGGGUGUAACGAAUACUCUGGCAGUGUUUCCGCAAGGCCUGAGUACUAUGUAUGACGAAAUAUUCAGGAGGAUCGGACAGCAAAGCACUACAGACCAAGUGUCUGCUCUAAAAGUGAUCAAAUGGCUAUACUACGCGAUAGAUGACUUUUCCCCAAAAACGAUUGUUCAAGCAAAAGACAAUCUUUCGUUAGCUGCAGACCCAUCUGAGGAAAUCAUGAAACGAAAGAUUGACAAUGUCCUCCACGUGUGUUGUGGACUCAUAGUAUACGAUCCCGAGACGGGCAUUCUACGCUUUUCUCAUGCCACCGUUAGACAGUAUCUGGACGAAGGGCCCAAGGACUAUGUUAAAGGAGGCCAAGAGUGGAUCCUCGAUCGUUGCUUCUCAAUUCUUACGUGCCCGUCAUCCGAGCGUCCAGACCCCAGCUCUUUAACUUCCUUCCGUCAAGAUUUGUUCACUUACUCAAUGCGGAAUUGGGGCACACACCUUCGUGGCACCAACCGGGUACCUUCCUGGUCCAGUUUUCUCAACCCCUUAUCUCCCCAUUACGAGUUCUGGGCACACAACAUAGGGAUGCUUAUUCCUACUCUCAAGGCUCCUACAGGGGAAGCUAUUACUCUGGUCUGGGCAGCUUGUUAUUACAGACUAUUCGAUGUCGUUGAGAGAAACCUGCAUACCUUUACACCUACCUCUACAAACUCUGCCGGACGCACACCGUUACAUUAUCUCGCUGAAAAAGGCGACCUCGACCUCCUUAUGAAAUUGGUUGACCAAACAAAUGUUGAUUUAAACGUCAGGGAUGAAGUGGGCCUUACGCCACUCAUACUGGCAGUUAAAUACAAUAGGGCGGAAACUGUUAGCUUUCUACUGCGUAUAAAGAGACAGUCCGUUGUUCCCCAGAUGGGCGGUGGUGACGCCGGUACUACCCUCACGCAGAUGUCAACUUACUGUGAUAUCAACCUAGCAGACAAGAAUGGCCUUACCGCGAUUCACCAUGCUACAGCGGAGGGGCAUAAUACAGUUUUAGAGUACAUCCUCCGUGACCCACUACUGAAUAUCAACCACAAGUCUAAGGCGGGGGACACGGCACUAUCUCUAGCUGUUGGUGAGGGAAAUGAACUAGCCGUACAGGCCCUUUUGCAGCAUAAGGACAUCGACCCGAACUGCACAAAUUCGCGGAGCGAAACACCUCUUAUCACUGCUGCUCGGCUUGAACAUCGAAACAUACUAGAGCUUCUCAUUGAACAUGAAAGGAUUGAUGCAAAUUGCGGCAUGGGAUUAGAUAACCUAUUCAUAAAAGCAGCGGAGGGCAAUAAAGCAUGGCUAGUCGAGUUGUUGUUGAAAGGCAAAAAUAUAGAUAUUGAGCGUCGAGGAGUGAGCGAGUGGACUGCCCUAUAUAAUGCUGUGGAGUCUGGUUCAUUGGAAGCGCUGAAGCUGCUCCUGUCUCAUGGGGCAGAUGUCAAUGCAUUAACUAAAGACUCAUGGGCUCCCCUCCACGCCGCCGCGUGGAAGGGUAGGACGGAGAUGGUCAAGUCUUUACUGUCUCAUGGGGCAGAUGUUAAUUCCGCGAUAGCAGACGGUUGCACUGCUCUGUAUCUGGCCGCUGAAUUUAACCAUGUAGAUUCAGUAAGAGAACUCCUAUCGCAUGGAGCAGACAUCGAUCACGCAAGCGAUACAGGUUUCACUCCUCUACAUAUCGCGAUUCAAAAAAACAGCAUGGAGUCAGCACGGGAACUCAUAGCUCAUGGGGCAGACGUCAAGGCGACAACUAAAGAUUUAAGGACUCCCCUCCAUAAAGCGGCGUGGAGUGGUAAGACAGAGAUAAUCAAGUCUUUACUGUCUCAUGGGGCAGAUGUCAAUUCCGCGAUAAACAACGGUUCCACUGCUCUGUAUCUGGCCGCUGAAUUUAACCAUGUAGAUUCAGUAAGAGAACUCCUAUCGCAUGGAGCAGACAUCGAUCGCGCAAGCGAUACAGGUCACACCCCUCUACAUAUCGCGAUUUCAGAAAACAGCAUGGAGUCAGCACGGGAACUCAUAGCUCAUGGGGCAGAUGUCAAUGCAUUAACUAAAGACUCAUGGGCUCCCCUCCACGCCGCCGCGUGGAAGGGUAGGACGGAGAUGGUCAAGUCUUUACUGUCUCAUGGGGCAGAUGUUAAUUCCGCGAUAGCAGACGGUUGCACUGCUCUGUAUCUGGCCGCUGAAUUUAACCAUGUAGAUUCAGUAAGAGAACUCCUAUCGCAUGGAGCAGACAUCGAUCGCGCAAGCGAUACAGGUUUCACUCCUCUACAUAUCGCGAUUCAAAAAAACAGCAUGGAGUCAGCACGGGAACUCAUAGCUCAUGGGGCAGACGUCAAGGCAGUAACCAAAGACUCAUGGACUCCCCUCCACAUCGCCGCGUGGAAGGGUAGGACGGAGAUAAUGAAAUCUUUACUGUCUCAUGGGGCAAAUAUUGAUUCCGCGGUAGAAGACGGUCGCACAGCUCUCCAUAUCGCCGCUCAAUUUAUGCAGACAGAGUCCUUACGAGAGCUCCUUUUAGCUAGUGCAGAUGUCAAUAUGGUGGCCCAUGAUCCGAGGAAGGAUACAAAUCAUGCAAAUGACAGCGACCGUACUGCCCUUCAUUAUGCCUGUGAGUCCGGUUCUAUCGAUGCAGUCAAGGUUCUACUAGAGGACGCGAGGAUAGACGUUAAGCCUCGCAACAAUCACGGUACAACACCACUGUUGAGUGCUAGUGAAAAAGGCUAUACCGAGAUUUUCAAGCUGCUUCUGGAGCGCUACGACAAAACCGAUAGACUGCAGGAAAUGGACGGCGACGAUGACACCCAUCUCCUACUCGCUGCGUCAUCGGGCAAACUGCGAAUCGUCGAACUUGUCUUGGAGAGGAGGGGACACGAUAUUAAUCACCAAAACAAGCUCGGUCAGACAGCGUUGAUACGGGCUGUGAUUAACGGGCACACUGAGGUUGUGAAACGAUUGCUGAGAGAGGACGGUAUCGACGCAAAUAUCGGAAUAAAGGAUAUAUGCCUUAGAGCUCUACAUAUCGCCGCUGUAAAGAAUCAUGUAGAGUGCAUACGAGCGCUCCUCUCACAUGGGAUAGAUGUCAAUAUCGUGACCCAAGAGCCUACGAAGAUUAAUCCAGAUGACGGAGAUCACAGCGGCCGUACUGCCCUUCAUUAUGCCUGUCUGCACGGUUCUAUCGAUGCAGUCAAGGUUCUACUAGAGGACGCGAGGAUAGACGUUAAAUGUACCAACAAUCACGGUUCAACACCGCUGUUGUAUGCUAGUCAAUAUGGCCAUAUCGAAAUUGUUAAGCUACUUCUAGAGCGCUACGAGAAAACCGAUAAAUUGCAAGAAAUGGAUGCUGACGGCGAUGGAAUUCUCAUGUGUGCUGCCUACGGUGGACAUACCAGUAUGAUUGAGUUUCUAUUAGAAAGAGGCGGGCAUGAUAUCAACUUCCCAAAUAAACUUGGGAACACGGUCCUAAUACGCGCGGCUACGGAAGGGCAUACAGCGGCCGUUGAGCUGUUGUUGAAACAGGAGGGAAUUGACGUUACACUAUCGAACAAGGAAGGGAAAACCGCGUCUGACGUUGCGAAAGAAGGAGGAUACGAGGAGAUUAUGGCUCUGUUGAGGCCACAUAUGGUUGUGGAGGAGGCAUGA